GAUUGAAAUAUAACCCGCGCAUAUUUCUUAUCGCGGACGGUCCUCCACAGGUGUAGUUUUGUUACAUUUUCUUCAAAUUUUCCCUUCGCACGCCCACACUUGCGCAUUUAGGGUCGCGGACCCAUCGAUUUAUUUAUUUCAAGGUGGAAAAUCAGAGGAGAACGUGUUCGAUUUGAAGCCGGACCCCUAUUAGUGUAAUAAAUGUAGGUUUUUCUUAUCGCGGAGCAUUUCCUGUGCGGUCGACGAUCUUCGUUUCUACCAAAUUCAUCGGAACAAAUAGAUAAAACAUGAAUUCCAAGCACGAAAAAUUGAUUGCUCAGGUGAAGAAGGAAGUGAAACAGGUUAUGGAAGAAAGUGUCACUAGGAAAUUCGUCCAUGAAGAGUCUGGAUCUGUAACAUCUCUAUGUGCAGCUGUAGAAGCAUGUCUUUCUCAAGGUUUGAAACGAAGAGCCCUAGGCCUAUUCAAAACUUCAUCGACGACAGCUCUCCUCCACAAAAUUGCCAAAAAUUGCCCGCAAGCCGCCAUCAUCUCCAAAAAAGUACAAGAUAUAGAAAACCUCGAUCCCAAUAGGAAGUCAUCGAGCAGUAGUGACAGCCUGACCAAACCCCUAUUUCAAAAAAGUCAGACGGUCACUUCACCCCCCACCCCUGCCUUGCCCAAAUACCUCUGGAUACGCCUUGCCUUGUUCGAGAAACAAUUGACCAGGAUCAUAGACUAUCUGGUGUCCAACGCCAAUAAUUUCUAUGAUAAAGAUGCCCUUGUCGCCGAUCCCGAUUACGGUGGUACCCUUAGUUCUUUACUACUUGGACCAUGCGCUUUAGAUUACUCUAGGACGAGAACAGCGGACCAUUUUUGGACUGAUCCACCGGCCGACGAACUGGUGCAAAGACACAGGAUUUCAAGUGCUCACUCCACACCCCCACCUGUUCGUCGGCCCAUACUCAAUUUCCGUAGAUCUCUCAAUACGAGCUCAGAAGAUACAGGGUCCAACAGAAACUCCUCACAGCACUUCGCCAAAGAUUACGUGGAAUCUUUGCACCAAAAUUCCAGAGCGACACUCCUAUACGGCAAGAACAACGUUGAAGUUGUACCUGCUAAUUCUGACGUUACGGUGCCGAUGCUGGGAUACCUCAGUCUGCAUCAGACACCCACAGGAUUGAUCAUAAAAUGGACGCCGAACCAAUUGAUGAACGGGUUCGAUGAAGAGGUGCAAGACAAAAGUGUUUUCUGGGACUAUGCACUUCACGUCAAGUUGGAUGAGAUAGUCUACGUCCAUUGUCAUCAAGACAAAGAAGCAGGUGGUACUGUUAUUUUGGUGGGCCAAGAUGGAGUUCAACGACCUCCUAUACAUUUUCCAAAAGGAGACCACAUGUUAGCCUACCUGAGUUGCAUUGAAACCGGACUUCUGCCUAGAGGUCGUCUGGAUCCACCGCUUUGGACGCAGAGGUCCGGUGCUCAGAAGAAGAGAAGAAGGCCUCUGACCACGCUUUCUGAACAGGAGGAGACGAACAAGGACUACGUCUUCAGAAUAAUUGAUAACACGGACAAAGAAAUACUGACCACCAAAAGACAAGAGCUUCUCGACCCAAACACCUCCUUUCCGCCCAAAACCAGAGUACAACUGGGAAGCACGAGUACCACAAGUUCAGAUAGUUCCACCAAGAGUUUCAGCAUGGACCAAAAUGCUCCUGACAGCCCACCCACCGUCUAUAUACAGGCCGUUUGCGACUCCAUGAGAAGACAGAUCAUUUCCAGGGCUUUCUAUGGGUGGUUAGCCUAUUGUAGACAUCUAUCCACAGUCCGGAGACACCUUAGCGGACUCGUCAACUCCAAAAUCGUAUCGGGAGAUGGAAUCACAGAAGGUAUAACAGUUGAGAAAUGGAGUGAAUUGUGUAAAAAUGGCGUAGUUUCCGAUAGUUCUGAAGUCUAUAGAAUAGCCUAUUUUGGGGGAGUGGAACAGGAGCUCAGGAAAGAGAUAUGGCCUUAUCUCCUUGGUCACUAUAAGUUUGGAUCAACAGAAGAUCAAAGGAACGAACUCAAUCUAGAGACCAGACAGGCAUACGAAAAUACAAUGUCAGAAUGGUUAGCCGUUGAAGCCAUAGUUAGACAGCACGAUAAGGAGAGCCAAGCUCAUGCUAUAGCUAAACUGAGCAGCGAAAGUAUGAGCGCAGAAGCAGGACCACCUCCACAGCUACACAGGGAUCUGAGCAACGACGUCUUCGAAGAUACGACUGACGACGAGUACGAAACCACGGAUGGACCUCGAGUACACAAAAGGAUACUGUCGGAAUCGGAAAGGACGAAUAAGAAUACGAUAAGAUACGAGAGCGACGAGGACGUUGAGGAAAAGAAGGACGAUAUCCAGGAAAAGCAGCAACGGAAUAAGUCGCAAGAGGAGAAUGACACCGAUGGAGAUCUGGAAGCUAGAUACAACGAGAUGAAUUUAAAGAAGAACAGUAGAGACUCCGCGGCGGAGGAAUCAAAUCAGGACGAUUUGAAGGACUUCAUCCACAACGUGAUAGUAACCAACCCCUCAGUAGACAUAUCGAAUUUUGGAUGCGAGCAAGACAGCCCCACCAGGGGCGUCAAUCGUCUGGAAAGUGUCACGGAAGAGAACACCAGGAAUUCCUCCUUGGACACCUGCAUAGAGACCCACGGGUUAGCCUCACCAGCCAGAUCGGCUUGCGUUUCACCCGCCAGUUCCAACGGUGGGGUUUAUAGCCAAGAAUUGCUGGAGAAUUUUGGACUGAAUCUGCAUAGGAUAGAGAAAGACGUGCAGCGUUGCGACAGGAAUUACUGGUUCUUUUCCGCUGACAAUUUAGAGAAUUUGGACAAACUGAGGAACAUUUUGUGCACGUACGUAUGGGAACAUUUGGACAUAGGCUACGUCCAGGGUAUGUGCGAUCUAGUAGCUCCCCUUCUGGUAAUCUUCAACGAAGAAUCCCUCACCUACGCCUGCUUCUGCCACCUGAUGGAGAGGAUGGUGGAGAACUUCCCCUGCGGUAACGCUAUGGACGCCCACUUCGCGAACAUGCGAUCUCUCAUCCAGAUUCUGGACCCUGAGAUGUACGAACUUAUGCACGCCCAGGGAGACUACACCCAUCUGUACUUUUGCUACCGCUGGUUCCUCUUGGACUUCAAACGGGAGCUGCUCUACCCCGAUGUCUACGCUUUCUGGGAGACGAUAUGGGCUGCCCAGCACGUAGCUUCUUCGCAUUUUGUUCUGUUUCUGGCUUUGGCCUUGCUGGAAACUUACCGUGAUAUCAUCCUGUCGAACGGGAUGGAUUUCACAGACAUAAUCAAAUUUUUCAACGAAAUGGCCGAAAGACACAACUCGAAGGCUGUCCUUAAAAUGGCCAGGGAUCUAGUCCUACAGUUGCAGCAGCUUAUAGAAAAUAAGUGAACAAAUCUACCGGCCUUCCAUUAGAGAAAGAUACAUCCUAGAAUCGCCACGCAACUUCGCUUCUUCCUAGGAUUACCUACACAUUUCAGGAAUUUUCCUGAGUGUACAUUUCUCAGACCAAUGUACCUGAUGACUGAGGAGAGUUGAAAUGAGCGAGUUUAUUGCCUAGAAACAAAUCUAUAUUCUCGUAUAAUUGAACCGAAAUCCUAUUUUAUUUAUAAUUAUAAAAGUAUUCUUGCUCUUUUAGUUCAUUGUAUAUUUAUUGCGAAAAAAUUUCAUACAACAGGGAAAAAUCUGUAUUUAUUGAGGUAAGUUUUUAGAUACCUCUUAGAUUAGUGAUGGUGCAGAAAAAAACCUGUACUGCAUGAAUGAAACAACACGAAAUGUGCGAGAAGUAGCAUUUUUAGUCCAGUGGAAAAAUGGCAGAAAUUUUUCGAGAAAAUGGUUUUUCCAGAUUUUUCUAUGAAUAUAUGGAUCAAUCAGUAGGAUAUUUGAAUAUUAUCAUUUUCAUUAGUCGAAGGAGCUUUCAUUAUAACGAUAAACAUUGAUUUUUUGAAUUUUCAUUUUUUAUUGAAUUUUUUAUUUAUCGUAAUUCAUGGUUUCCAAAAUGCGAUAUAUUGAAAUCUAAAAACCUAUAUUGACAGUUCUCAUGACCUUUUAUGACCUUCUUUAUGAAAACGGAUCUAACAUUAUUUCAAUAUAAUGAAAUUCUUCAAUUUUUUGUCAAUCUGAUGGUCGUAUCUAUAUGUGAAUUAUAGAAGGAUAAAUUUUGAUUUAUUGCCUUUGAGAUUGAUCUUCGAUCAAGGCUGGGAAUGUAUUCGAAUAUACAGAGUUAAUAAGAGCCAUGAAAUACCGUAGGUUAUAAAAAAUUAAGGUUUACUAAAUCAUCAGUCAGUAGGGGAGAAAAAUUUCCCUCAACUUCUUGAUAGAAAAUUCAAAUUUUCAAAUUAAAAAAAAUCUGCUAGAGAAAGAAAUAUUAAGUACCUAUUUAAUAAGAAAUAAUCUGAAAUUGUUGAUAGCUGGAGGUCUAUAAGAGGAAUUUUUUUCGAAAUUUUUCGAGUACUGUUUUGGCAAGAAAUGGGUCUCUAAAGAAAGUAGCAAAUUUAAUUUUUUAUAUCAAAAUAAUUUUGUCUUUGUGAAAUUUUUAUCUUGUUGAUAAAGAACGUUUCCUCUUGGUUUGGAUGUGUGCAUAAUGUAAUCAAAUUAACUAUCCAAUCAUGAUGUUUUCUAUAGUUUAUAUCAGAUUAAUGAAUAAUUGUUCGUUCGGUGAAAAUGAAAAAUUCGUUGAGAAUCGAUAAGAAUGAAUAUUCUGGAAAAAAGCACAAAUUGAAAAAAUACAAAAUAACUAUGAAAUCAAAAUGUAUAUUUUAUAUCAGAGUUAUGUGCCAAAAGUAGGAGGUAUACGUAAAUAGGAAAAAUUGAGAUGUGGAUUAGAUCCAUCUUUAAAUGUAUUAAUGAAGAAACGAAUUGGUGUCAUUAUCUCUUUUGGUGACAGAGUCAAUUUUUAUUGUAGUACCCCGUAUAUCGAUUUUCUACGCUGGCUCUAAUCCUCAUAUAGUGCCAUAUUAUACCGUUGUUUAUAUUAAAUAUUUAGCUGAAUGUUUUUGAAUUUCAAAAUAUAUAACCUGUGAUUUCAAGUACUUCAAAAUCGUUGUACUGACCUAACUGACAUAUAUUUUUGUAUGUAAUGGUGCUUCAAAUAUAAUUAUAUCUCUAUUUUAAAAAGUUCAACACUGAAGGCAAAAGAUACAAUUUGCCUUUGCGAAUAAUCAGCUAUCGAAAUAUAAAUGUGAUUCUCAUGUCCUAUAAUACACCCUUGUAAGUCAUAUUCGUUUGUCAACUGUUUGUUGUAGCACAGAUUAUUCAGUACUAUUAAAUUAUAUUUAAAUUAAGUAUAACAUUUUAGAGAAUAGAUACUUAUAAGUCUAUCUCUCAUUUCACACCUCAAGUUCCAUGCAAGAAUUAAAAGUAAUUUAAAUUAGUUGUUGUAAUCAUCGAAAUGUAUGUCACUGUAACAUAAUCACACAUAAUAUAUAAUUUUAUUAAA